AUGUCUCAGCGCGUAUCUGACGAAUCUACGCUGCACGGACACCACACCACAGAAGCCAUGUCAAGAAUCGAUCGCACCAACGAAAAGUAUAAAGCUCGCAACCAAUGUAGAUCACGGAAAUCGUCGGCUAUGCGCAUUAUAAUGCCUAAAUUGCGAUUCGCUUUAGAAAUGAUGUUACCGAUUAUGGAUUGCAAGUGUUCUAACGACGCUCGGUCGCAGAAAAGACCAAGAGCAUUCCUUGAGGAAGAAGCCGCUCUGGAGAGUAGCAUACAAUCGAAAAGGUCACGUACGAAGAUAUAUUCAGGCGCCAAAGGUCGCCAACCGAGUGUACCGAAACUUUUCACCCUGGCAACUCGCUCGCUACAGGAAAACGUCGAUCAGAUCGGCGUAUUGGGUGGCAGAAUUCCAUUCGAUCUACUUCGGCCAGUACUGGAAAAAGCUACGCCCAAUCAGCUAACGAAGUUAGAGCAAUUAAAUCCCUACUUACUGGAAGAUACGUAUGUUCUCUGGGAACAGCAUUGCAGGCGCGAGUUUCGCAAUCAACAGCGCAAAGAAGAGGAGUAUCAUCAAGCAGUCCACAGUGCAAAGUCCCCUGUACGGAAAACCCAGCUGCUGUACAUGGAUUCGACUGUGAAGCCACCGCGCAAUGUGAUCAGUAAGCAGAUCAAAUACGGCACUGAUCGAGUUGCCGUUGUGUCGCCGGCAGCUAGAGUGCCGGCGUUGCAGAGUACGUCCACUAAUGUCGUUAAAGUAGGAGAUUCUCGCCUGAAGGCUGCUGUUGUUGGGGCAAAGGCUAAAGUUCCGGUGCAAGGGAAGCCGAAAAAGGCACCGUUGAUGGCCAAGUUGUUGACCUCUAUAAAAGGCUUGAAGGGUGGUUCACGGCGUUGA